UGGAACGGAGGGGGGAGAGACGACAGGAAAUCUUGACUGGGAUGUAAUGGAGUAGGACCACUGGAAAGCUCGGGCGAAAGGGGGGAGGCAUAUUUCUAUUUUAUAAUGUUACCGUGAUAAUGUUGUGAUUUGUUUAGUGUACGAUAUGAAUCCGUAGAUCGGGGAAACCGGAGAUUAAGAUAACAUUCCAGGUGUGAAUGACUUGUGGCUGUGAGGUGUCGUGAGUGUGCCAGGUUCCUGCACAGCCUCCGUGGCUGACUGCGGGGAGGAGUUGAGUGGAGAGCAGACAUCAGUGCCCAGGGGACCUACGGCCUGGUUCUCCAUAUGAGGCCCUGCUGAAAGGGCAGGGGGGCUUCUGAGUGUGCCCAAGGGCCGUUGAAAGCCCCCUUGUGGGAGUUUCAUAAAUACUCACUGAACAAGAAAAGACUCCUGAACUAUUGUUACUGUUUUCACACAUUUCCUUACACACACACACACACACACACACACACACACACACAUACGUGCGCACACACCCUCAUACAGACAAGGACAUAGAGAGAAUGUUGGAGGUCCAAGAGGAGAGGCCAGCGGCGGCAGGUACAGCAGCGACACAUUUCAGUAAGAAGGUGCGAGGGAAGAAAGAGCGAGAGGAGGCCAAGGACGGUCGGGGAAACCUCGCAAAUAUCGGGAAUCCUGUUCCUGGAUCCAGGAACGUGCGCACAAAAGCGGCGCUCACACACACCGGCAAUCCUCACCAGCUCAUCACUUCCCCCUGUUCUGUAGUCCUGGGAGCCCCAUCAAUGCACUCCAAUAGGCUAAAGAACUCCCCGUCCACCAACACGCAGAGCCCUAAACCUAAGACGGAGGCCAUGGUACGCUCACCUCCCGUCACGUCCCCCUCUACUGCGACCCAGAUGGACUCUAAAAUGCCCAAUCAGGGUAAACCAGGGAGCACUGGAAGCCAAUCACAGCCCUCACCCUGCGACCCCAAGACCUUAGGCUCCAAAGGGACUCAGAAUGUGGCAGGGGGAAUGGGGCUGAAGAAUGGCCAGGGACUCACCUCUGGCCCAAGCUCCAAGGUUAAAGUCAAAAGGGAGAGAAGUACCUCAGUUGAGUCGUUUGAACAGCCCGAUAUUGGCACACCCACUGGUGAGGAAAAAGACAGCAGCAGGGUAAAGAGGAUGUGUGUAGCAGAAAGGAGGCAGCCAUACAGUGGAGCUGACUGGUGCUCUGGAGGAGAAAGUGACGAAGAUGACAAAGGAUUCUUCAAUUGUAACUCAAGUGACGUGAAGCCCCAGGACUCCGUCACACAUUCUACCUCCAAUGCCGGACUCAGUCGCUCCUCCACACCCUCCCACAAUACACUGGGAGGCCAGGGUUCCACAACAGAAACUGCUAGUGGCCAGAAACCAGGCACAAAACUUGUUUAUGUCUUCACCACGGAAAUGGCCAACAAGGCAGCUGAUGCAGUUCUAACUGGUCAUACAGAAAACAUCAUUGCCUUCCACAUGAAAAACAUCUCCAACAGCAAGGACAAAGCUCACCUCCUCCUGAACAACGCAGCAAGCGCCCUCCGAAAUGACGCCAAGCCUCCCCAGCAACCCCCGUCGCAUGCCCAAGAUCAGAGCCACCAACCUGGAUCCAAAUCGUCCUUACCUGGCAUGGCAGAGCCUGCCCCACCCCAGCCAAACCAAGGAAGCCAAUCUGGUGUUCUUCCCCAGGAGGGGCCACCUUCUGCAGGCAUGGAAUCCAAAAAUCCUCCCAGCAGUAGCCCCAGUAACACUACAGCUCCAGUUGACCAGGCCCCCGUCCCCCAACCUGAGGCAGGCCUCAACCCUCCAACAGCAGGUGAAGGAGGGCAGGGUGGAGGCUCUGGUGUAGCGGGUCUGACACCCCAGCAACAGCAACAACAGCAGCAGCUGGCCCAGGAGCUGUUGAACAUGGAAGCCAACACAGAGGGUCUGUCCCAAGAACAGUUGGAGCAUCGCCAGCGCUCCCUGCAGACAUUACGAGAUAUUCAGCGCAUGCUUUUCCCUGAUGACCGUGAUGCCCCACCAACUGGACCCCCACCGUCCCACGGUGGACCCCAUGAUGGAGGUCCUGAUGGUGCACCCCGUAGGUCUGAGCAAGGCCCACUACAAGCUAUGAUGGCACAGUCUCAGAGCCUCGGACCACCAGGUGGGCCAGGACCUCGUCCACAAGGUCCACCCUUUGGCCCACCCCAUGGCCCACCCCAUGGUCCCAGGGAUAUGCCCCCAUUUCCACAAGAUGAAAUGGGUGCACACAUGGGGGGUCCGGGGGGCUGUGGAGAUGGAGAUCAGAUGACGCCAGAACAGGUGGCUUGGCUGAAGCUACAGCAGGAGUUUUAUGAAGAGAAAAGAAAGAAGCAAGAAAUGCAACACCGGCCACUUCCUCCAGACAUGAUGAUGCACCCCCAUGGUCCACGUGGCAUGAUGCGAGGCCCCCCGCCUCCCUACCAGAUGGGCCCAGGAGAGAUGUGGGGAGGACCAGGUGGUCCACCAGAGCACUACCAGGAGCGCAUGGGCCCUGGCCCCAGGGGUAUGCCCCCACAUAUGCAGAGGAUGCCUGGCUUUUCUGGUAUGAUAAAUCCCGAGAUGGAGGGCCAUCCAAGGCCUGGAAUGGGCUGGCCUGACGACAUGCCUCCCCGGAUGGGAGAUGGACGAGGCUUCCCCGGAGGACCUGGGGGAAUGUUUGCUGGUCCAGGGGGUCGUGGUGAACGUUUCCCAAAUCCUCAGUCAGUCCAAGAAGCAAUGUUCCACCAAGGUAUGGGUGGAGAGAAGGGCAUCCCUCCAGGUAUGAUGAUGGACAUGCAAAGGAUGAUGGGACACCAAAGAGUUGGAAUGGAACCUGGUAAUGGCAUGGGCAUGUUUCCCAGAAUGCCUGGUGAUGGUCCUAUGAGUCCAUCCUCUAGGCUCCAGGGAAUGGGGGGGAGGGAAAUGGGACCUGAGUUUGGUAUGGGCCCUGGCCCUGGGCCAGGACCUCAUAUGCACCCUUCCAAGCUACGAGAUCCCUCCAUGAAUAUGAGUCCUGAUGAGAUCAUGAGAAUGAGAGGAGGUGGAGGACCUCCAAUGGAGAGCAUGGGUCCACAAGGCCGGCCUAUGCAGGGUCCUCCCUUCCCUGAGCAGACACAGCCAGGAGAUUUUCCUAUGGGGCCUGGGCGACCCUUCCCAGGGGGGCCUGGAGGAAUGAGGGGUCCACAUGUAGACCAGGCCUUUGGUCCAGAGCACAGAUCUACACCAACAGGAGGUAAUGGCCGUAUUAACCACCUCCCCCCUGCUGGUGGCCCUUCACAAGGUCAGAGGGGCCGCAAGCCAGCAGACCUAAAUGUCCAAGCAGGGGGGGGGAACUCUCCCAGUAUCAACCCACUUAAGUCCCCUCCUCUGAGGCAAGUGCAGUCCCCCAUGAUGGGCUCUCCCUCUGGAAACCUUAAAUCCCCUCAGACACCGUCCCAGCUGGCUGGCAUGCUUACUGGUCCCACAGGCCCCAGUGCCCCUCCACCUCCUACAGCCUCAGCACCAAUGAAAUCCCCCCACUCCAUGAUGGGAUCAGCUGGUGCUUCUCCUGUUCAUAUGAGGUCUCCUUCGCUUCCUAACCCCUCUCCAGGAUGGGCAUCCUCACCAAAACCACCCAUGCAGAGUCCUGGAGUACCACCCCAGGGUGGCAAGCCUCCCCUCAGCAUCACCUCGCCGAACAUGAUGGGGAGCAUGGAGCAAGGUGGUAACGGCCCUCCCUCAGCCCCUCCUUCAUCAGGGGCUCCAUCUGGCUCCAUGUCCCUCCCAGGCAACGUCCCGUCUGGCAGUCCGUACAACAUACCCCCCGAGCCAACUCUAUCCCAGAACCCUCUCUCCAUCAUGAUGUCACGCAUGUCCAAGUUUGCAAUGCCCAGCUCCACCCCACUCUACCAUGAUGCCAUAAAGACCGUUGCCAGCUCUGAUGACGACUCACCCCCGGCUCGCUCCCCUAACCUGCCGUCAGUGAACAAUGGCAUGGCAAUGAAUCACCAAGGCAAUCCACGGAUGAUGGGACCCGGAAACGCUGGAUCCAUGUCUGCCCUCAGCCCUCUGGGUAUGAAUCCAAUGGGAUCCCAGCCCCUCUCCCAUGGUAUGCCCCCACAGAUGCCUUCUCCCAAUACCCCGAACAUGGGCCCAGGCAUGAUGCCUCAUGGCAUGAUGAUGGCACCAAAUCCCCAAGACCCUGGUAUGGGAAACCCCCAAAUGAUGCCCCAGGGACGCAUGGGUUAUCCUCACCGAAGCCAGCCGUACCCCCUCACCCAGUCCCCUUCCCAGCAGGGCCCUUUCUCCCCGCACAACGGUCCUGGUCCCCAAGGUUUCCCUGGCCAUCCCAUGGGCUUCCAGGGAGAAGGCGCACCUAUGGGAGGGCGGAUGGGGAACAUGCCUCAUGGAGGAGGGGGUGAUGGGGGUAUGUGCAAGCCCAAUACCCCAGGAGGGCCAGAGUUUAACAACAUGCAAGGUGGAUUCAGUGAUGCAGAUCUUCAUGAGGUGAUGCGACCAGGAGCAUCUGGCAUUCCUGAGUUUGACUUGUCCAGGAUAAUCCCAUCAGAAAAGCCCAGCCAGACUCUGUCUUAUUUCCCCCGAGGUGGGGGAGACAACCCUGGAGGAAAACCACCACACCCCUCUGGCUUCCCCAUGCAGGGCAUGAUGGGCGAUGGACCACCAAGGAUGGGGAUGUCCAUGCAUGGGAUGGGGGGGAUGCCGGGAGGGCCUGGUGGGGGAAUUUGCCCCCAAGACAUGCCAAUGGGCAACCCUGGCCACAACUCUAUGCGGCCACCAGGAUUCAUGGGCCAAGGCAUGAUGGGCCCCCAGCACCGGAUGAUGUCUCCUGGGGGUCCAGGAGGGAUGAUGCAGGGGAGGCAAAUGGCUCACCCAGGCCCUGGUGGCUCACCUAAUAUGAUGAUGUCACUGCAGGGCAUGGGUGGCCCACCACAGCAGACAAUGAUGAUGGGGGGUCAGAUGAGGCCACGUGACAUGGACAUGGGGUUCAGUCCAGGCCCUGGAAUGUUCUAAUCCAACAGAAACCUUGUAUGUAGAAUGUUCUUGGACAAUACACAAGGAUGGAGUAAAGGUGAUGGUGUGUGGAAAAUGUUCAGAAAACUCUGCUGCGCUCAAGCAAAGGACGUAUAAUACAAGAAAGGAUGUACCCAGAAAUAACCAGAAUGGAGUUAACCCGUCACCUGGUAAUGUCAUGUGGGAAUUUUUCCAAUGGAGACUCAGACAGGCCCAGAUUGGAGUACUUUUGCCACAAGAACAUUUUAAUUUUGACUCAUGAACUUCAGAAUGUAUGGGAUUGUUGUGCAUCAGUUUCACAAAACUGUUCUUGUGUUUUUUGAAUAUCGGACUAUAAAGAUGACUUUCAUCAUCAAAGAGGAAUCAACCUAAUUCAAAGUCAGCGUGGAGAUGCUACAGUAUAUGUCUACUUUUUUCAACAACAAAAAAAACAAAUUUGUCAUGAAAG